CAGGCCGCCCGCCCGGGAACUUUUUUCCUCGCGCUCUCGCUCUCCCGCUCCCCCCGCGCGGCGCCCGCCCGCUCUUCCUGUGCCGAGGGGAUCGCAUUUCCCCGCGGCAGCCGCGGCCACCAGGCAGGCCCCGCCGGCCGCGCGCCCCCUCCCUGGCCCGGCCCCGCGCCCCCGGGCGCCGCCCCCGCCCCGCCGCGGGGCCGCGAGAGGCGAGUUGGGGAGCGAGGCGGCGGCGAGGGCGAGAGGCGAGCCGAGCAGGCCGCCCUGGCCGCGGCCCGAGCGCCGGCGCGAGGAGGAGGAGGAGGAGGAGGAGGAGGAGGGGGCGCCGCGGCCCACCUCCUUCCUGCCUGGCCGCGGGCCGGCCGGGCCGCCGCGCCCUGACCCCCAUGGCCGCCCGGGCCUGCGGGCCGCGACGUCGCCGCGCCCGAGCCGGGGGCCCCGAGUGAGCGGCAGCGCGGAGGAGCUCAUCUUGGUCGCCACGGCUGCGUUCUGGAAAAGGCGAGGGGGAGAGCGUGCGCGAGAGCCUGGGAGAGACGGCGGGACGCGCAGCGCCGGUGCCGCGGAGACCCAGGAGGAGCCCGCAGGCGCGCCGGCCGAGCCAUGCAGUCCUUCCGAGAGAGGUGUGGUUUCCAUGGCAAGCAGCAGAGCUACCAGCAGCCCUCGCCGGAGACAUCGCGUCUGGAGAAUUACCGGCAGCCGAGCCAGGCCAGCCUGAGCUGUGACCGGCAGCGGCUGCUGGCCAAGGACUAUUACAGCCCGCAGCCCUACCCGGCCUAUGAGGCAGGCGCCUCUGGCAGUUCAGCAGCCGCUGCCGACAAGUACCACCGGGCCGGCAAGGCGCUGCCCUCCCCGCAGCAAGGCCUGCAGGGGAGGCCAGCCUUCACAGGCUAUGGUGUCCAGGACAGCGGCCCUUAUCCAGCUCGCUACUCGGGCGAGGAAGGCCUGCAGGCCUGGGGUGCCCCCCAACCCCCUCCGCCGCCACCACCACCCCCACCUCCACCUCCAUCACAGCCGCAGCCACCACCCCCGCCACCACAGCCCCAGCCCCAGCCCCUGCCAGGUGGGGUAGGCAAGUAUGAGGAAAACCUGAUGAAGAAGACCCCAGUGGUGCCCCCUGGCCGGCAGUAUCCAGAGCAGGGCUCCCAGCUGUCCUUUCAGACACACUCUCUGCACGUGCCACCACCGCCACCACAGCCCCCUCAGCCCCUGGCCUACCCCAAGCUCCAAAGACAGAAACUGCAGAGUGACCUGGCCUCCGCCCUGCCCUUCCCCCAGGGCGCCCACUUCCCCCAGCACUCCCAGUCCUUCCCCGCAGCCACUGGCGCCCACUCCUACAAGAGCUGCACAGCGCCCUCCGCACAGCCCCACGACAGGCCGCUGACCACCAGCACCAGCCUCGCGCCGGGCCAGCGCGUCCAGAACCUGCACGCCUACCCAUCAGGCCGCCUGGGCUACGAGCAGCAGCCUACGCCUCAGCCGCAGCCGCAGCAGCAGCCGCAGCAGCAGCCACCGCCGCCGAGCCGGCACCACGGCCAGGAGACCCUCCACUACCAACACCUCGCCAAGUACCCGCACUACGGGCAGCAAGGCCAGGGCUACUGCCAGCCUGAAGCGGCCGUCAGGACCCCCGAGCAAUACUACCAGAACUUUAGCCCCAGCUCCGGCCACUCGCCCGCCCGCUCCGUGGGCCGCUCGCCCUCCUACAGCUCCACACCCUCGCCGCUGAUGCCCAAUCUGGAGACCUUCCCUUACGGCCAGCAGCCACUGGCCGCAGCUGCCACCGGCACCUUCCCCCCGGGACUUGCCGACCACAGCCAUUUCAUGCCCCUGCUCAACCCCUCGCCCACGGACGCAGGGGGCUCCAUGGACCCCCAGGGAGGCAACUGCAAGGUGCUGCCGAAGGACAAGGUCCCCGAGGCGCUGCUGUCGGACCUCAGCCUGCAGAGCCUCACGGCACUGACGUCGCAAGUAGAGAACAUCUCAAACACGGUGCAGCAACUGCUUCUGUCCAAAGCCGCCCUGCCGCACAAAAAGACAGCCAAGAGCCUGGCAUCCAGGACCCCCGAGCAGUACAAGAGCCAGCACUGCAGUCCCGAAGGCAGUGGCUACUCGGCUGAGCCGGCCGGCACACCGCAGUCGGCCCAUGCCGAGCCGCAGGACACCGACUACCUGAGCGGCUCCGAGGAGGCCCUGGAACGCGGCGGCUUCCUCUACUGCAGCCAGGCCCGCGGCAGCCCAGCCCGGGGCAGCGGCGGUGGCUCCUCCAAGGCCAAGCCCGAGUCCGUGUCCACCUGCUCUGUGACCUCGCCCGACGACAUGUCCACCAAAUCCGAUGACUCCUUCCAGAGCCUGCACAGCACCCUGCCCCUCGACAGCUUCUCCAAGUUCGUGGCUGGUGAGCGGGACUGCCCGAGGCUGCUGCUGAGCGCACUGGCGCAGGAGGACUUGACCUCCGAGAUCCUGGGGCUGCAGGAGGCCAUGGGGGAGAAGGCCGACAAGGCGUGGCCCGAGGGCCCGGGCCUGGCCAAGGAUGCCGGCAAGCCGCCACCACCACCCCCGCCUCCCUUCUCACUGGAGAACCACAGUGCCUGCCUGGACCCUGUGACCAAGAACACCUGGGCCCGGGCAGGGGAGCCUGAGGUUCUGGCUGACGCUCUGCAGCUGAACAAAGGUGGGGGCAGCGCUAAGGACUUUAGCCCCAGUUUGUUUGAAGACCCCUCCUCUGCGCCCUUUGUGGCCCCUGAGUGUAAGAAACCUAGCAGCUCCCUGUCCUUUGGUGCCAAGCCCGCGCUCGGGGCUGAUGCCACUGCUGGGCCAGACCCAACCGUGGCGGCGGCGGCAGCUUUUGACUGCUUCCCGGAUACCCCAGCCACUGUGGCCAGCUCGGCCGAUGGCGCCAACCCCUUUGCCUGGCCGGAGGAGAACCUGGGUGAUGCAUGUCCCCGCUGGGGACUGCACCCCGGGGAGCUCACCAAGGGCCUGGAGCAGGCUGGUAAGGCUGCAGAAGGGGUCGGCAAAGGAGAUGCCCAUGAGGUCGCCGCUGCUGCCGCUGCCUGCCUGGCGUUCCAGGAUGAGGAGCCCCCCGGGGAGAAGGCAGCGGUGUUGCCCGGGGAGUUCAAGCAGGAGGAGGCUGGCGGCAGCGGCGGCGGCGGGGUGAAGGAGGAGGCCGGAGGGCUGCUGGAGUGCCCCGAUGUGGGCAAGGACGCACGGUGGCUAGAAGACAGCCGGCACUGUUGCUCAGCUGCCGACUUCGGGGACCUGCCACUACUGCCACCUGCAGCCAGGAAGGAAGACCUGGAGGCUGAGGAGGAGUACUCUUCCCUGUGCCAGCUGCUGGGCAGCCCCGGGCAGCGGCCCAGCCUGCAGGACCCGCUGUCACCCAAGGGCCCACUGCUGUGUACCAAGGAGGAGGUGGAGGAGGUACUGGAGGCCAAGGCAGGCUGGGGCUCCCCGUGCCACCUGUCGGGGGACUCGGUCAUCCUGCUGGGCCCCACCGUGGGCACCGAGUCGAAGGUGCAGAGCUGGUUCGAGUCGUCCCUGUCCCACAUGAAGCCAGGGGAGGAGGCUCCCGACAGCGGGGAGCGGGCACCUGGGGAGUCGGCCGACCCGGUGCUGGCCCAGAAGCCCAGCAAGCCGGCCGUGCCCGAGGCACCCAUUGCUGCCAAGAAGGAGCCGGUGCCCAGGGGCAAGAGCCUGCGGAGCCGGCGGGUGCAGCGGGGGCUGCCGGAGGCCGAGGACUCCCCUUGCCGGGCCCCGGCGCUGCCCAAAGACCUGCUGCUCCCAGAAUCCUGCACAGGGCCCCCACAGGUGCAGAUGGAGGGCGUCGGGGCCCCCGGGCGGGGGGCCUCAGAGGGGCUCCCUAGGAUGUGUACUCGCUCACUCACGGCCCUGAGUGAGCCUCGCAUGCCCGUACCCCCUGGCCUGACCACCACCCCAGCCCCCCCGGACAAGCUAGGGGGCAAGCAGCGGGCUGCCUUCAAGUCCGGCAAGCGGGUGGGGAAACCCUCGCCCAAGGCUGCAUCCAGCCCCAGCAACCCUGCCGCCCUGCCGGUGGCCUCAGACAGCAGCCCCGUGGGCUCCAAGACCAAGGAGACAGACUCACCCAGCGACACGGGCAAGGACCAGCGCUCCAUGAUCCUCCGGUCCCGCAACAAAGCCCCGCACCAGAAUGCCAAGCGGCGGCGGCGGCCCUCGGAGAGCCGGCUGCCCAACAGCCGUGCAGCCAAAAAGCUGCUGGCCAACAGCCACCUGCCGGCCGCCAACACCAACACCACGUUCAAGGCGUCUGAGGGACCCCCACAGAAGGAGGGGCGGGUGGGCCCACGAGCCAGGGUGCCCAAGCCCGGGGCAGGCGGCAAGCUGCCCGAGCGGCCGGUGCACACGCUCAAGCGCAAAUCGGCCUUCAUGGCCCCCGUGCCCGCCAAGAAGCGCGGCCUGGUUUUGCGCAGCGGUGGGGGCAGCGGGAGCGAUGGGAAGGAGGAGCCGCCCGAGGAUGCCCCCACUCUGUUCAAGAGGGUCACCCUGUCCCCCAAGAAGGCCAAGCUGGCCAAGGGCAGCAGCGAGCCCACUGCCAAGCCCCUCGCCGGCGAGGCGGGCCCCGGUGGCGGCAGUGACGCCUGCCUCAAGCUGGCCCCCCGGGUGGCCUUCCCGGGAGCCAUGAAGACCAAGGUGUUGCCACCGCGGAAAGGCCGGGGCCUGAAGCUGGAAGCCAUUGUGCAGAAGAUCACAUCGCCCAGCCUCAAGAAGUUUGCCUGCAAAACGCCAGGAGUCCCUGGGGACCCCGGCAGCCCAGGCCUCCCUGAGAAGGACCGUGCUGCCCUCAGGGGGUCUGGGGGCAGCCCCCCGGGCGUGGAAUCAGGGCUCCCGGUGGCCGCGGGUCCUGGGGGGCAGAAGCUCCUGGGCCUGGCUGAGCUUCCCUGUGGGAAUCCAGCCAGCCGCUCCUUCAAAGGCAAACUGGGGACCGUAAAGAAGCUGCCCUCCUCGGGGGACCCUUCCACCUUCCCCGAAGCCACGCAGCCCCCGGGGGCCCCCAAGAAAAGAAGCCGCAAAGGCAGGGCUGGGGCGCUGGGCCCCUGCAGAAGCCCCCUGGAGAAGCGGCCCUAUGUGGGGCCUGCGCUGCACCUGACCUCCCGAGACCGGGCCGGCGGUGGCGGUGCCGGCGGUGGUGGUGGUGGUGGUGGUGGUGGCACAGCUGGUGGAGGCAGCGAUGACAACUCCGGGGCGGGAGGCAAGAAGCCGAAGAUGGAGGAGGAGCUGGGCCCGGCCCCUCAACCGCACGAGGGCCGGCCUUGCCAGCCCCAGACCAGGGCUCAGAAACAGCCGGGCCAAGCUGCCGCCGGGGGUCCCGGCUACGGUGGCAGCUACUCCAAGCGGAAGCGACUCCCCCGGGGCCGGGCCAAGAACGCAGCAUCUUCCCCCUGCAAGGGUCGGGCCAAGCGGCGGCGGCAGCAGCAGAUGCUGCCCCUGGACCCUGCUGAGCCUGAAAUCCGCCUCAAAUACGUUUCCUCCUGCAGGCGGCUGCGGGCGGACAGCCGGACCCCGGCCUUCUCGCCCUUCGUGCGGGUAGAGAAGCGCGAUGCCUUCACCACCGUGUGCACAGUUGUCAACUGCCCGGGGGAUGAGCCCCGCAGGCAGCCUUCCUCCUCCUCUGCCUCCUCCUCCUCGGACGCGACCUUGCUGCCCGGGGGCUCGGUCCUGCAGCCACGCCCCUGCCUGCCGCUCUCCUCCACCAUGCACCUGGGGCCUGUGGUGUCCAAGGCCUUGAACGCCCCUUGCCUUGUCUGCUGUCUUUGCCAAAACCCGGCCAACUUCAAGGACCUCGGGGACCUCUGUGGGCCCUACUACCCGGAACACUGCCUCCCCAAAAAGAAGCCAAAACUCAGAGAGCAGGUGCGGCCCGAGGACGCCUGCAAGGAGGCCUCCCCACCCCUCGAGAGAACAUUCAAGGGCCUCGAGUGUGGGGCGGCGGCGGCGGCGGCUGCUGUGGCCCCCACUGCUGCUGCUGCCGCCGCCGCCGGGAAGCCCCCUAGGCCUGACGGCCCCGUGGACCCCAGCAAGCAGGGCUCGCUGCGCACCAGCGCCCGCGGCCUGUCUCGGCGGCUGCAGAGCUGCUACUGCUGUGAUGGGCAGGGGGACGGGGGCGAGGAGGUGCCCCCCAGCGACAAGAGCCGGAAGCACGAAUGUGGCAAGCAGGCGCCCACAGAGCCCGGUGGGGACACGCAGGAACACUGGGUGCACGAGGCCUGCGCUGUGUGGACCAGCGGGGUCUACCUGGUGGCCGGCAAGCUCUUUGGGCUGCAGGAGGCCAUGAAGGUGGCCACGGACAUGAGCUGCUCCAGCUGCCAGGAGGUCGGGGCCACCCUCAGGUGCUGCCACGAAGGCUGCACGCACACUUACCACUACCCGUGUGCCAGCGAUGCGGGUUGCUUAUUCAUGGAAGAGAAUUUUUCUUUGAAAUGUCCCAAACAUAAGACACUGCCCUUGUAACCCACCGCCCACCGGCCGGAGACUGAGCCGGUGCCCGUCGCUGCUGAGGGUGGGGGCCACCCCGAGCACCCCACGCGCCCCACGCCAGCUCCCAGCGCAGUGCAGUUCUAGAGCCGGUCCUGGAUCCAGCCGCCAAGAACCAAGACCUGGUGCCCCCCAAUCCCAAGCAACCCUCGCCAGCCUCCGCGCCCAGGCGCUCAGGGGCCAGGCCUCCCCUGCCCGGGCUGUGGGCUCUCAGGCGCGGGGCUGUGACCAGCAGACGCUUCGCCCCCACUCCACCCCGCUGCGGAAGUGGCCGCGACACGGAGGACA